CCUCGCGCAUUGGCAGAGAACGCGUUAGACUUUCGAACGCAGUACGUACGCGAGCGUGUAUGUCUCAAUUAUUGAUGCAAAAGUUCCACGAUGGUUGACCAUAACGAGAGAUUGUUACAGGAGUUACAAACAAAAAGUGGAAACAAUGUUUGUGCCGAUUGUGGAGCCGACGACCCUGACUGGGCUUCAUACAACCUGGGCAUAUUCAUCUGCAUGCGUUGCGCCUCGAUCCACCGAGGCAUGGGCGCUCACAUCAGCAAAGUCAAACACCUCAAACUGGAUCGUUGGGAGGACUCACAAGUGCAGAGAAUGAGGGACAUAGGGAACAUCGUCGCGAGAAACAAGUAUGAGGAGCGCGUCCCGCCCUGCUAUAGGAGGCCUACGAAGAACGACCCACAAGUUUUAAUCGAGCAAUGGAUCCGCGCCAAGUACGAACGCGAGGAGUUCUGCCAUCCCGAACGCCAGAGCUACCUCUCCGGCACCAUGGAGGGGUUCCUCAUGAAGAGGGGAAAGGAGGACAACCGGUACCAGCUUAGGAAGUUUGUGCUCAAUGAGAGCGAAGACACACUCAAGUAUCACCACCCAUCAGACGGCUGUAGCCGAUCCGCGAGUUGUCUUGAUCAGUUUUUCUCUCGGCUCCGCGAUCGGAUCAAAAACUUUGGUCGCUCGAGGUACCACGUAAAAGAAAACAAAGAGCCAAAGGGAAUCCUAAAGCUGUCGGAGUUGAACGUCGCUUUUGCCCCCUCGAAAAUCGGCCAGAUGAAUUCCAUGCAACUUACAUUUAUGAAGGAUGGCACUACCAGACACAUAUAUGUCUAUCACGAGGACCCAGAAGUCAUCAACUGUUGGUACAUGGCAAUACGCUGCGCGAAGCUCCACCUCCUCCAAGUCGCGUUUCCCUCAACACCACAGUCUGAUCUAAUCCUUCGCCUGCCCAAGGACUUCGCCAGAGAAGGCUGGCUAUGGAAGACGGGGCCGAGGUCUUCAGACGCCCAUAGGCGACGCUGGUUUACUCUAGAUCAGAGGAAGCUUAUGUACCACGAUGAACCUCUGGAUGCUUAUCCGAAAGGAGAAAUAUUUAUUGGCCACGAAUCCAACGGCUACUGCAUCAAAGUGUCCAACACCGGCAACGGCUGCAAAGAGGCGCGCUUCUCCUUUCAACUGGUAACACCGGAGCGGACGUACUGCCUCGCGGCCAUCUCGCACGAGGAGCGCGCCGGCUGGCUCGUGGUGCUGCAGCAGGCCAUCAAACGGCCGCUGUCGCCGCAGGACUCCACUAUUGAGGCGACCCUCGUCCGCAAGCGCACCACAUCGAACUCCACAAUGAGCAUAUUCUCAGGAAGGUAGUCGCACUGUCCACUCUUAUGCUAUAGUCGUAAGAGGGACCGAUGCUGCACAUUUCCAAUCCAUAGGAUUAUUUCGUGUUCCGUUUGAACCUGGAACGUUUUUCAAUCUUUUCUAACUUUUAAAUGAAUAUUUUAGUGUAAGUUUGAUAACAAAAAUAUUUAUUUGAUUUUAUAGAAUUUAACAAUACAUUUCAAAAUCGUUAUUGUUUUGUAUUAGAUUGAAAUUGCCAAAUUAUACAUUUGACGUGUACUUUUAUUUAAAACAUUUGUAUAAUAAUAGACAAAUUAAUUAUAGCAGACUACGAAGUUGAGUAAUACAUAAAAGUGUCGAUUGAAAAACCAGAUGGCGCUGUACGGUGUUGUGUAUAUUUUGCGAUGACUAAGCCAGUUGUCAAACUUGACAAUUCAUUUACACAAAAAUAUGGCGUCUUGCAGUGACAUCUAGUAUUUCCGUCAAUAUUUUCGAUGUUAGUACUUCUCCACUUCUUUAGUCUAUUAUAAUUCAUCUUUACCUAUAUGACAUAAUUUAAUCAUAUAAUUCAGAUAGCUAUCGAUAUUUUGUCUUCGUUAUUAUGUUUUAAAAUCAUGUGUUUACAUAAGUUAAGAAUGUUUGCUCUUCGUAUUUAAUACAAUGAUGACUGAAUGUUAAAUUAUUAUCAUUUUAUUGUUUAACUCUCAUAUUAGUUUAUAUUAACGUGUUUGCGUACACUUAGAGAUUACUGGCUAUGCGCAAAAUAUAUAUGUUAUACUUAAGCUUUUUCGAAAUAACAAUACUUAAUCAAUAAUCUUGCAAUACUUGUAAAUUAUAAUAUUCGGUGGGGUUUAUAUUAAAUCAUAUUAAACUGUAAACUAAACAUAAUAUUUAUAUAAAUAACUGCUCUCUUCUUCAUGGUUAAAAGACAUUCUACAGGGAACUUGUAUAUUUAAUAACUUUAAAUAUACGUAGUAAUAAUGGGAGUAACACAAGUAAUUAUGAACGCAAAUGAUUUUCACUUGCAUUUGAGUAACAACUUUAGGUAUAGUCUUUAAAAAAAAUGGAAGUAACUCUAUAUUGGCGGUAAUCAUUAUAGCUAAUAUCAAAUAACUAAGAUUUGUUAGUGAUAUUCCUCAUCAUAACAAUAAUCAUCAUAUUUAUAAGAGUUAGACAAGUUUAACGUCGUGACCCCUACUUAUUUCAUGAACAGCGAUUUUUUUUUAAACCGAGCUUUAAUUUCAAUAUUAUAUGAGUAAUUUACUGUAAAAUCUAAAAUAUUAUCACAGUUUUAAUAAAGUAAAAUUAUAAUUGUUAGCGAAAUGGAGUGACACAUUAUUGACUCUACUGUGAAAAAACAUUGACGGUAAUCGUAAAAAAAUCAAAAAGGAAAUUUAAUAACACCUACGAAAUCCAAAACAGUUGAAAAAAUACAUAUAAAUAGGUACUAUAGGUGCACUUCAUCGUAACUUUUCAGUAGCCUAAAUUAUACAAACUAUAAUCAAUCCAAUAAUCCAGGAGUGCUUUAUAAAAUCGAAAACUGAUCGUAAUGAUUUUGUGCGAGUUUAUACAAUAUUUGUACUCUUAAAAGUGAAGGAAAGUGUAGGCAAUAUUUAUAUCAUUUGAAUACAAUCAAAUUGAUUAGGUACUUUAUUUAUGUAAUUAGCUCAAUUUUUGGCUCUUUUAAAACAAAUUUAUGAAUUAGUAAUAAUUGUUUAAGUUACUUCUUUCGUCGCGUAAGAUUUAGUACCUACUGCAAAACAGAGCAAUAAAAAUGUUUUAAAUAAAUUAACAAGCAAUGCUUGCAAAAUGUUUAGCUUUUAUAUGUGCUUGUCUAUAUGAUUUGUUAUAAUAGUGCUAGGUAGUGUGCAUUAUAAAGUUUGGUUAGCCAACACGAUUUUAUUAGAAAAAUACUCUAGUAAUUUCGAUAAAAUAUUGUUGGUACAGCUAUUAAAAAGUUAUUAGAGAAAGAUAGGUAGAAAUCGAUACAUAAUCGACAUUGUGUAGUUUAGCAAUACUCUUUUGUUGCGUCAAAAGUUCGUAUAAAGCGUUCUAAGUUAUGUAUAAAAUCAUCACAUUAUAAUAAGCAGAUUAAAAAUCAAAGCUAGGAGACUACCAAAAAUAAGGUAGAUUUAAUAUUUUUAUUAUAAACGGUAUACUAUGUAACACUGACGCAGGAGGAAUAGCUAGAAUAAGUAGCAUAGAGUGUAUGAAUAUGAUUCAUCUAGGUUUAGUUCGACUUAUGUAAAAAGAGCUCCGGAGUCCGGAUGCCAUGCAGCAUGAUGUACUGUUGGGAGCUCUUUUAAUCUUCGUCGUCUUGUGGAGUGGUGGCGUGUUGCGUGAUUGCAUUGUAAUUAGGAAAUUGUAAACUAGCACUUAUUACCGACAUUUAGAAGGCUAAAUGGUUUGUUUACAUGGUCAUUCAAAAAAAAUACUGAAACCCAACUCAAAACGUGGCAUGCUGUGACAAAGGUCAUCUAGUUGUCGGGCGGACGGGUACAAUGUGAUUUAACUGUUGACAUUUUUCUUCAAAUCGAGAAAGGUAUUACGAAUGAAUGUGGAGGGGUUACUUCCCUCCACAUUCAUUCGAAGGGAGAGGAAAACCAAGAAAAAGGUGAAUGUACUUUGUGAGAGAUGAUAAGAAACGAACGCGAGUGAAUGAUGAGAUGACGGGCGAGAGAGAGGUAUGGAAUAACCAAAUAAAUGGGAUAAGAACAAGUGAAUGAGGAUGAUGAUUAUUCUUCAAAUCAUAAGAAACUUCGAUGUCACGAAAAAAAAUCCACUUAGAGACCUAAAUAUUUGUGUAUUUUGCCAGGUUCUGUAAGUAACCCAACAAGUAAAAUGUGUUAAAAGCCGGUUUUGAAUAUAGACUGUAAAACUGAAAUAUUGGUCACUACCACUAGCUUAGUUUUGUAGCUAGCUAAGCUAAAGUAUAAGUUAUUUUAAUUGCUUUUUUUUCGCAUAGUAUUUUUCCGAAUCUCGUCACGAGUCAUGUAGACAGGCAUCGCAGUAACCACGUAUACCAAUUAGUUUAGAACUAAGCUAAUGUCCAAAACGUUAAUUUAGUAGGUGAACUAGUAAUCUAAUUACAUUUAAUCGCAAUAAUUUUCUACAUAUUUACGUAGCUACAGUUAAGGCGUAGCUUUACAAUUUAUUAUCAAACUAGCCAUUAGUUUUAGUAACAUAGUGAAAUUAAAUAGUUAAAAGCAUUUAGACAAUGAAUUGAACCACAAGAGCAAGUAAUGAUUCCUAUGUAAUGUACAAUUUUUUUUAGUGACAAAAGUAAGAAUUUCUAGCUUUUAUUGUCGAAAUAAACAUCCGUCUUAUCAAUAAACGCUUUGUGCAGAGGCAAGUAAAUAAUAACGAAUGAUAAUGUCUACACAAUAUAGACGGCGUGACAUUAGCCAGUUUUCAGUUUCAAUAAACAACAAAAUCGCCAGUUAACUAGUAAUAUAAUUUUACUGAUAUUUUUAUAUUAUUAAGUAUUCCUUUACCACUACGACGUUUGAGUGUGACUCCCUGUGAAAUAAUACAACCCCGUUUGUAUAUUGUAUACGGUAUACGCCAUCUACAUUCUAACUCGCCAAUGAACUGAUAAAAUUAGCAAUUAGAGUUUUUAUUUCAACGCCAUCUAUACGUGAAAGACAAAUACCACUUGGUACAGAGAUGACCAUCUCAUAAUUGACUCGUCUUUGGCGCAGUAUAUAAACAGUAUCCCUAUAACUCAUUGCCAUAGUUGUAAGUGGAACGACCGUAUGUGAUGUGGAUGUGUGAAAGCCCCAUUUAGACGGACAAAGAACUUGCAUUGCAAAGAACUGCAUGCGAUUUUCGUAUAUGGUGGUAUUUGGUCGAUCGACUGAAUUCAUUGUAGCGACCCGAUUCGAACUUUAAGAUACGUCAAUUAAUAGAUCUAGAAACGAUAUGGAUUAGGUAUGUCAGUGUCAAAUGUGACGUUUCUUCAAACGAAAACGUCAGUUGACAAAUCGUUUCUAGAUCUAUUCAUUGACAUAUCUCAAAGUUCGAAUCAGGCAGUAGGACUCAUGUUAUCUCAUGUAGUUAGCAACGUAUUGAAUUUUGCAUGCAAGUUCUUGAUUUGUUUUAUAUGGGCCUUAUGUCUUCAUUGUCGUUGCAUGCAUUACGCGAUUUUUAUAGUUAUGACGGGAACGAAAAAAAUUGUGUGAUUUGGCAGUAUAGGUCCGUCGAGUAUGUCCAUACAAAUUUUCUUGUCCCCGCCUGGCUAGUAAAAACUACGUUACUUGCAGCUUCGUUUAGACCAGCGGUCGGCAACAGGCGGCCCGUGAGCCUCCCUGGCUAUUUUGUUUUGUAUGUAAUAUUAACUUAACUUCGAUGUGGCCCUUGACUGGUAAAAGGUUGCCGACCGCUGGUUUAGACCGAACAUCAUAUCUAUUAUCGAUUUCAUUAGUUAUAAGUUUAGAAUUAUGUAUUUAAAAGAAAUUUUACCAAAACAUUGCCUCGCUUAAGUUUUACCUACAUUACGAAUUGUUGUAAAUAAUUUAAACAAUAUUGUCUUUUGUGCUCUGGCAUAAUAAUACAUUACAUUACUUAUAAAGUAUUUAUAAAUAAACUUUUCACCGGCUA